CCGAACGUAACUGUCGAGCUGCGCACCGUCGCCGCCAUGGGAUGGCCGCGGAUUUGCUUCGUCCUUUCGCUGUUUUGUUGUGGAGACGCCGCGACGUCGUUGUGUGGGUCGUGCAGCGGCCAUGGCACGUGCAACACGGCGACGCGGAUCUGCAAUUGCCUGCGGGGGUACCAAGGUGCUCAAUGCGAGCUCCGGAGCUGCCCGUACGGAAUUGCUUGGGCUGAUUACGCUGUCGCGGUCGACACUGCCCACCAACCGGCAGAAUGCUCCAACAUGGGUCUCUGCGACACCAAAACGGGCUUGUGUUCUUGCAACGAUGGCUUUGAAGGUCCUGCUUGCGACGUGAUGUCAUGUCCAACCUGCGUGUACGGGCGAUGCGUCACGAUGCGGGAGGCGGCAGUUGCAGUCGACGACUACAACUUCUUCACGCAGACGACUUAUGCGUUGUGGGAUGCCGAUAAGGUUCGUGGGUGCCAGUGCAAUCAUGGCUUUCAAGGCUACGAUUGCUCUCAACGGACGUGUCCUUCGGGCGAUGACCCCCAGACAACGGGACAGCUCUCGGAAGUGCAGCACCUGAGCUGCUUGUGCGAUUCGUGUACGGGCUCGUUCGCGUUGUCGUUUGAAGGGUUCUACACUGUGAACAUCUCGCCAACCGCGACUGCGGCGGACUUAGCGGCUGCGCUCAACGCCUUGCGCCCCAUCCAUGGCGUAACAGUGACUCUGUCUGGUGGAGGCACCACUGUCUGUGACGCGGAUGGCGCUGUUGCCUCGAUUGCGUUUACAAAAAAUGGGGGGGAUUUGCCCCCUCUUCGCUUGUCGAGCUUCCUGACCGGUGGCAUCUCGGCCAUUUCAAUUCAAUCGGGUGGCGCGGCAGGUCUGUACGAUGCCGUGGCGGCUAGCGUAGAUGGCACCACUGAGAGGCUUCCGUGUUCGGGACGAGGGCAGUGCGACACCUCGUCCGGCUUGUGCACUUGCGUCGCAGGCUUUGGGGAUAGCGACGGAGGUGGGAAUGCCGGACAAAUUCCCGACUGUGGUUUCGGGUCGACGGCGACGUGCCCCAUGGCGAAUGGAUUCGUCUGCAACAACCAAGGCACGUGCAGCGCGGGAACGGAUUACAAGUGCAUUUGCAGCGCUGGGUUCACAGGGGUCGACUGCACCAAGAAAUCCUGCCCCACUGGCGAGGCCUGGUUUGAUGAGGCCACGGCACCAGAUAUCGCCCACGCCACAGCUGUUUGCUCAAACAAGGGACUGUGCAACUCCGUGUCGGGUCUGUGCAUGUGCCAAGCGGGGUAUUCGGGCCCUGCCUGUGAAGUCAUGGACUGUCCCGGUGGCAAUCCCCCGUGCAGUGGCCACGGCACUUGCCGCACGAUGGCGCAGUUGGCGCAGUUGGCCACUGGGGCGACGGGCGUGCUGCAGGGAUUCACCUACGGCAAUUCGCCUUCUACAUGGGACUCGACCAAAAUUCAGGGUUGUGCCUGCUCCGAGAACGUGUUCAUGGGCCCGUAUGUGGCCGAAGUCAACCGGUAUCAAGCGUACGACUGCUCGCAACGUAAGCCGGAAGGCAUGGUGAGGACGUCCCCCGGUCCAUGUUCUGUUGUAGGCACCUGUGUGGCCGGAGCGGAUCCACUUGAACGGAAUCGAGUGGAUGAACACCAGUCCCUAACGUGUUUUGGCGACGGGGGAACGUUUGCCCUGUCGUUUCGCCAAUUCACGACCCCACCGUUGUCGGCAUUGUCGUCAACGGCGGAAAUGGUGGCCGCUCUUGGAGCCCUUCCGUCCAUUCGAUCUGUCCAAGUGUCGUUUGAUUCUGGCACCGUCGCGUGCAGCGUCGCUGGCGUGGGUGAGACAAAUGGCCGCGACUGUUCGGUUGACCGACGCUCGUCUAGUCGCCACCGUCCGGUUUACGUAUGCCCAGGGCCCUCUUCCGCUGCUGACCGCCUCGACGUCGAGCCUGACACGGUCGAGUGGAGGAGCACCUUCCGUUGUCAUCGCUCGCUUGGUGGUUGGCACGAAAUCCAACGUCGAGUGCUCUCGAAGGGGUUCCUGCAGUACGUGUCGACGUGUGAUGGGGCUCACAUCCAACUUUUAGAUCGCGCCACAGGACGAUGCGCUUGCAACGACGGGUUUACUUCGUCAGACGGGGACGGCAACAUCGGGAUUCGAGCCGAUUGCGGCUACACCACCAUGGCACGCUAGGAGGCCAUGUCAAAACGUUCGGAGAAGGAAUCGAAUCACAAAACAUGACAUGCUCGUGGAGUGGGGGAAUGAUCAAUCAAACGUGCUUUGGUCUGGAAGCAAUAGGCAAUCGAGUUUGAAGGCGCAUAGCAAGUCCUGUAAAAGCUGCACAACUCUACCUUGCUGAGUUUGCUUGGCUCGGCAAAGACCAACCUUUCGACGACUAUAUUCAUGAUGCUCGUGUUGUCGCCGAGUGCUAGGAUGUGCUUGAAAGAUUUGACAGCGCGCGGAAACAGGACCGACAUUGCGCGGUCCUUGGGCUUGGAUUGAAAAUUUCGAGCCGCGUACUUGGACCAAGCAGGGUGCAUUCGAUCCCGC